AUGAGCUCCUAUUUUGUUAACCCUCUUUUUUCUAAGUACAAAGGCAGUGAGUCACUGGAGCCAACUUACUACGACUGCAGGUUUCCACAAAGCGUUGCCCGCAGCCACACGCUGGUUUACGGACCCGGAGCAGCCGCACCGGGCUUUCAGCACCCGUCCCAUCAUGUGCAGGACUUUUUCCACCACGGGACCACGGGGAUCUCCAACCCCGGAUACCAGCAAAACCCCUGCGCUUUGGCUUGCCACGGAGACGCUACGAAAUUUUAUGGAUAUGAAGCCCUUCCGAGGCAAACGCUUUAUGGUACCCAGCAAGACGCAAGCCUAGCGCAAUACCCAGACUGUAAAUCGUCGAGCAGCUCUAACCCCGGAGACGGACAAGGCCACUUAAAUCAAAACUCCUCUCCCAGUCUUAUGUUUCCUUGGAUGAGACCCCACGCCCCAGGAAGACGGAAUGGGAGGCAAACCUACAGUCGUUACCAAACUCUUGAACUGGAGAAGGAGUUUCUCUUCAACCCUUACCUGACCCGCAAGAGAAGGAUCGAGGUGUCCCACGCCCUGAGCCUCACCGAGCGGCAGGUGAAGAUUUGGUUUCAGAACAGGAGGAUGAAAUGGAAAAAAGAGAACAACAAAGACAAGUUUCCGGGUCAGAGAGGAGAGGCUGAAGCCGAGGCCGAGGCCGAGGCCGAGGAAGAAGGAAACGAGGACGGUGAAGUGGAAGAAGCGGAAGAGAAAGAUGCGGAAGAAAAAGAGGAGACUAAGGAGUGA